GGGGCGGAGACGGAAGCGGCUCCCGAGCGCGCGCGGAGGAAGUGUGGUCCCGGCGGCGCUCCGUCCUGCCGGCGGCCGCCAUCUUGUGCGGGGGGCGGUGGUAGCGCUGCGCAGCGCGGAGGAGCGGCGGUCGCGCCUCCCUCUCCCGCCCGUCCUGCUGCCGCGGCGCCAUGUCUGCCGAGAGCCCCGAGCCCGCCUCGGCCGAGGAGCAGAAGGAAAUGGAGGAUAAGGUGAUCAGCCCAGAGAAAGUUGAAGAAGCAAAAUUGAAAGCAAGAUAUCCUCAUCUGGGCCAGAAGCCCGGAGGCUCAGACUUCUUGAGGAAGAGGCUUCAAAAAGGACAAAAAUACUUUGAUUCUGGUGAUUACAACAUGGCUAAAGCAAAGAUGAAGAAUAAGCAACUGCCUACUGCAGCACCUGACAAGACAGAAGUCACUGGUGACCAUAUUCCUACUCCACAGGAUCUUCCACAGCGGAAACCAUCUCUUGUUGCUAGCAAGCUGGCUGGCUGACGAGAACAGCUGAACUGCAUGAUUAUUCUCAUUCCUGUUAUUUUUCCUGAAUAGUUAUUUCUCACCCUCACAUCCCCCUUUUUCUUUCUUACACUAAGUCAUGAGACUGACAGCUUUGCAGGUAGCGAUAGCAUGUGCUGCUAUUGUAAGGGAGUACUGUUAAGAGUGAAACGUUUAGUAUUUGAACUAGUUAAGAACAAUGCACUGAAUAAAAAGGACAAGUUUGGUUAGAGCAAUGUAAUCUACUUGAAAAUGUACAUAUUUGCCCAUUUCCUAGUGUAGGACUGGUUCCAGCAAGUGACAUCGCAAAUUUUACUUCUAAUGUUUCUGCUUUUGUUAUUUCAUCUUAAUUACAGCAUAUUUGUAUUUAAUAUAACCUCCAGUUGUGUUGGGUUUUUCUUCCGUGUUUGAGUUUGUUGUCUAAAAUAGAGGUUUAGACCACAAGUUGCUAGAUGGUAAAGCAUGUAUUAAAACAAAGACCAGGGCUCUGAUUGAAUUUUGUUUCUGCUUUUGAACUUGAACGGCCUUAAACCUGUUUCAGCUUUAACAAUAGAGUUUUUACUUGGGCAAUAUUUGCCCAUUUGGUGUAACUCUUGUGAAUCUAGUGCUUAUUGACAACUGCCUGUUGAAGCUGGUAUUCUUUUCAGUUCUGUAGCUUAGGACACACUUUUGUUGAAGAUGUGAAUGAAGUGUGCAUGUGCAUAGACUGUUGAAUUCACUUUUGUGCCAUUUUUGUAAAUACAAUAGUUUUGCACAACCUUUUGCAAACGUCUAUUAGUUUUACAUUUUAAAAAGCAGAUAAUGUGCCAAUCAAAGCACAAGUGAUUAUGUAUCUUUCAAAGUCUUGCCCUGAAACUAAGAGCCCAGAAUCUUGCUACUGAAAGUUAAAAUUGUAUACCUGAAAUUUGGGAAACACAUUUACACUUGACUAAGCCUUAUGCUUCUGCAGUUGUAUAUUUUGAUUUUGCAACAGUGUCCAGCAUUCAAAUCUAAAUCUGGAGUUUGUACCUAUAUUUGGAGACAAAUGCCCUUUCAGUUCAGCAAAUCUUCAAGCUUUUAAAGCUGAAAUGCUCUAUCUGAUGACAUGGAAGAUGGAUAAAUGUACUGUUUUAGCAAGUUUUCUGUGUGGCAAACACCAAAUCUAGGCUUGCUGAGGUUUGAUAUGCAAUUGGUUUUGGGCUAUUUUAGACUUCCAGAAGGAGAAAGCUAUAAUUUUUGUUUUCUUGGGCUCCUGAAGUGGUAGUCCUCAUUGGCUUUGGAGAAACAAAGAACUGGAAGUGGUAUUUAUACAGUGACCUAUAGAGAUAUAGGUAACUUUUCAUGUCAGAAAAUAGGAAUGAACUUCAGUUCAUGAUGCAGGUCAUAAGUACUAGAUAGCCAAAAUACAUAGUUGAUAUAAGGCAGGUAACUUGAUGCGUUUAAAAGCAUGUUUAUUCAAUGAAAACAGAAUACUAAAAGCACAGUGUGAUCCAUAAUGUAAUUGAUUUUCAUAUAGGUAAAUAUAGCCUUGAUCUUGGGGAGUUUAGAAACAAAUUUUAAGAUCAAUUUACUGAAUACCUUUUUCUUGAAAGCAACAGUUCUGAAACAGCCUGCUGUAAACAGAACACUAAUGUGGGUACUACAAAACACUCUUAAAGAUGCGUGUUUUCAGAAGGAUGUACUUUUAUUGACAUAUUCAGAAAGGUCUUAGAGGAUAAAGGACUGCCAGCUGAAAAAGAACACUGGCCCAUAUCUUGUGUAAUGCUCUCUUCUAAAGACAAACAUAAGAAAAUGAUCAAGAAAAAAUGAAUAAUCUUAAUUUGGUCCUAUUUUGAUCAGAAUAUGGGCAAAGCAUUAUUGGUGUCUGUAUAAUGUCUUUGGUUCAGAGAAGUCAUUCUAGAUAAUUUUGAAAUUGAUAACCUGGUUCUCUUCAAGUCUAUAUAGCACUUUUCUAGUAAAUAAAUGAGUUCUGUCAAAUCUGUCCCGAUUCCUUAUCGUCCACCAAUAUUAUAAAAAAAAAGUGACUUUUGCAGAACAGGUUGGAAAAAUGAACCUACUUGACUUCUUUAAGUAAGAAAGUAGUCUGGGACAAUAGCAGGGAAGCUGGAUAUAUUGAAGCAAACUAUAGAUGUUUGUCCUAAUGUGAAAAUCCCUCUUUAUUUUUGUAUGUAUAAAUGAAAUUGGAACUUAAUGAUAGUACUGGGCCUGAAACAAAUUUUGAACAACUUAAGGUGACUUGCUAUGUGUUUUCUGGUGCCACUACUCUGUAGCUCACAGAAGGUGAGCUUGAUGUUUGGGAAGGUUUCAAAAUAAAAAAUAGCCAUGGAAAUUUAAACACUCCACUCACUUAGUUACAACUUAACUGGUCCUGCUGGUUGAACAGCACAAACUUCUGAUGUUCACUCAGUGACUUGCAGUUCUUAAUAAUACUACAAAUUCAGCUCUGAAUAUAUUAUCCAUGUGUAUAUUUGAAGUACUGUAAUACUAACUAGGUCAAUGACUGAUUAUGAGCCUUCACAUCUGACAGACCUCAGCAGCAGGCACAGCUAUUUUGGUUCUAUACACUGUAUAAAACUCAAGUCCUAUAAUCACUUAACAGUAAAUCAAACAUGACUGCAAAUCGAUGCUUACUUGCAGCUUACUCCAGCAAGAUAACUCAGCUAUCCAAACUUAUGUACAUAAUGUAUUAUAUGAGUUUUACCAUUUGAUAAUUGCCUUUUUCAAAGAAAACCUGUCCACACUGUAGACUGGCAGUCCCUUUCAUAUCUUGCCUUUAAAGAUAGAAGUGUUUAGUUAUUAGAGUAGUACUCAUGUAGGCUUAUAAUAGCAGAUAGCACCAACAUUUUAUUUGAGAUAGUGAAGUGGAUUAAUUACAACUUCACAGAUAUGUCCCCAAAUCUGUAACACCAAAGGCUUCCCUCUCAUUGUUCUUGAUAUAGUAGGACAGUGUUUGUGUAAAGGCCACAGGAGUACACUUUGUUGGACGUACUUACACUCAGUCGAGAUGUUAAGGUGAUAAAAUCGUCAAUUGUUCUUUACAAACUUACACAUUGUAUAGUAUACAGAAUAAAUUGAUCUACUUAGUUUUUAUUGCAACAUG